AGCCUUACCAUGUGGCUAUAAGUCGAAACCACAUGGUGAAAAUAAAUGAAUGCUUCUCACCACGUAGGAAAAGUCGGCAGCCUAUAGUGCUUCAGCAGCAGCAGCAGCUGCUGGAGAAUAAGGAAAGUCUGAGUAACUGAUGGAUUCAAUGAAAUGAGUUUCUGGCUUCCAAGAUUAUGUACUUUCCUAGAGUCAAUCUUCAUGUUCACUGAGUCUUUCAGCAAAAUCUCAAACGGAAGGGAAGAGUUAGAGAAAGAAGGGAAGGAUUGAGGUGGGAAGAAGGACAAGAGAACCAAAGAAGACACAAAACCUCAGAUCUAGGGGAAGGACCCUGGAAAGGAAGCCGCGAAAAGAGAAGAGCAUGUGACCAGAGAAGAAGGAACCCAGAGGAAAGCUGAGCUUGGAGAUAAGCAGGCAAGGUUUACAAAUGAGUGCACUUCUCAAUUCCUGGAGUGAGGGACACAUAUUCUUCUCACCCAGCUUGUCGGUGAUGAGUAAGAACACCAAUGGACCAAAACAAACACAGUCGCUCUGAACCCUGUGCCAAGAGCCAACACACCAGAGGAUCACAACUUAGAGUCAUCCUGGUGGGAAAAACAGGAACCGGCAAAAGUGCCACAGGGAACAGCAUCCUUGGGAAACAGGUGUUUGUGUCAAGGCUGAGUUCCCAGGCCUUGACUAAGACUUGCAGGGAAAGUCAGGGAAGCUGGGGGGAGAGAGAAGUGGUCAUUAUCGACACACCAGAUCUGUUUUCUGGGAAGGACCUUGCUGAACCCCUGUGUAAGGAGGUAUGGAGAUGCUACUUACUCUCUGCUCCUGGACCCCACGUGCUGCUCCUGGUGGUCCAGCUGGGCCGAUACACCCCCCAGGACCAGAAGGCUGUACACAGAGUGAAGGAGAUCUUUGGAGAGGCUGCCAUGAGACACACAAUCGUCCUCUUUACACGGAAAGAAGAUCUCAGUGGGGGCUCCUUGAUGGACUACAUCCAUCACUCAGACAACAAUGCCUUAAGCAAGCUGGUGGAAGCAUGUGGGGGGCGAGUCUGUGCCUUUAAUAACCAUGCUAAAGGAAGGGAUCAGGACAACCAAGUGAAGGAGCUGAUGGACUUGAUUGAGGGCCUGGUGGAGGAGAAAAAGGGUGACUACUACACCAAUGAGUUGUAUGGCUUAAUUGGAGGAACUAAAGGUGGAUCUGCUGAGUCAGAGGAGAGAUGCAAGGAUUUCAAGGAGAAUCUUGUGAAGUACAUGGAAACUCAGAGACAUUCCACAGCUAUGACUGAAGCCAAUCACCUCAAACGAACCCUAAUCAAAAUACAGUGGUGGGUUUUCUUCUGUAUUCAGUUGUAUGUCAGGUUGCUCAUUCUGUUAGUUUGUGCAUUGCAUAGCGUGUUCAAUUUGUUGUACAGCUUGCUGUUUAGUGUGUGCAAUUUAUUCUGUGGCUUACUGUUUAUUAUACCCAAAAAGUUGAUGACAAUUUUGAGAAAGACCACUGGACUAGAAUGCAAGACCCCUAGGUAAUAGUUACACAUUAUCAUUUAUUUACCUCUGUUAUUGAUAUGGAGGCACUCCCCUGUCAACCAGGGGGAGUUGCCUGAUAUAUAUGGUAUUCUGUGCAAUUUUUAAAAUUGUGACAUGUCACUGUACUGAUGAAUCAAAUUAUCUUUAAAGUUACUAUUUGCAGUGAAAUAUAUUCUGAAAGCUGUAAAACAUUAUACUCAUUUUCAAAUUUAUAAAGGCAGUUUCAUUUGCCUAAAAACUCUCUUCUUCUUUACAAUGUCAUGUUUUUUGUGAGUAUGAUGAAGUAAGCAAUAAAAUAAUAAGUAAAUUA